CCAGCAGAGGCUCCUCCCAGGGUUACUGUGGGCAGCCACGUUGCCCAGCAACCAAGUGGCAGCGUCCCUUGAGCCAGGACCACAGCUGUGUCCAGCCCUGUGCGACUUCUCCCAGGCCUGGGGGACCCCUGGGGCCCUGCCCUUAUUCCCCAAGACCAGGACAGCUGCUGCCUCUGAUCACAAUGAACAUCAUUCUCUCCAGGGACAGCCAGGUGCGGGUGAUGGAGGACACAGUGACCAAUGCUGAGAAGUCUUUCGGUCAGUUCUGCUCACUGCUGGCCGCCUACACCCGCAAGACAGCCCGGCUGCGUGACAAGGCCGACCAGCUGGUCAAACAGCUCAUCGACUUCGCCAAUACAGAGAACCCAGAGAUGCGGGCCACCCUGAGGAACUUCGCUGAGGACUUGGCCAAAGUGCAAGAUUACAGGCAAGCUGAGGUAGAGAGGCUGGAGACCAAGGUCGUCAACCCCCUGAAGCUCUACGGGGUGCAAAUAAAGCAGACCCGGGCUGAGAUCAAGAAAUUCAAAAGUGUCCGGAACAAUGAAAUCAAACAACUGGAAAAACUGGAGAAACUGAGGCAGAAAUCCGCUUCGGAUAGACAGACCAUCUCUCAGGCAGAGACCAGCGUGCAGAGGGCCUCAGUGGAUGCCAGCCGCACCUCCCACCAGCUGGAGGAGACAGUGGACACCUUCCAGAAGCAGAAGCUAAAGGACAUUCAGAAAAUUUUUUCUGACUUUGUGACCAUUGAGAUGGUCUUCCAUGCCAAAGCAGUGGAGGUGUAUUCCAGUGCCUUCCAGACUCUGGAGAGCUAUGACCUGGAGAAAGAUCUGGAGGAUUUUAGAGCCAAGAUGCAUGGAGUUUAUGGGCGUUACGAUGCUCGGCCACCACUCAUGCAUACCACCCUGUCCCCAGCUCUCCCAUGGUCUCUUGCCCAGAGUGCUCAGAGCACCAUACGGAGCCAGAGAAAAGAAGCAGUGAGUGAGGAUGACUCUGCUGAGGAGGACCCCAUGGAGAACCUCAGGGGACAGGCACAGAGGCUCCAUCAAUAGAACAAGAACUCCCCAGUCGGGAUUUGGGGCUCACACUGGACCCUCACAGGCUCUGCCGUGUGCAAGUCACGUGUUUUCUGAGUCCCGGUUUCCUCAUCUGUACGACAGGGAUCAUAUCCCUUGGCUCACAGGCUGCCCUGGGGACCAAGGUGCCCAGCAGGUGCUCAGUAAACAUGGGUGCCUCUCACCCUAACUUGUA